UCUUCCUCCUCUCUCUCUCUCUCUCUCUCUAUAUAUAUAUAUAUAUAUAUAUAUAUAUAUUAACCCUUCCUUGUCGCUCUACAAAAAUCUUCUUCCCCUUUCGUAUAAAAGAAUCCUUCUUUCAAAUUCUUUACCGCUACAAAUUCAUUUUUCUUCCAAGAAUCAACCCUUUCUCAGCUCCAAUUUCAGCACAAUUUAAGCAAACCCUAGUUUUAGAUUUUGCGUUUAAAGAGUUUCGUGUACGGAAGGGACUAGGUCAAAAGAGGAAUGGCGGAUCAGGAACUAGAGGGGAGCCAGCCAGUGGAUCUUACCAAGCACCCUUCUGGAAUAGUCCCUACCCUCCAGAAUAUUGUCUCAACGGUUAAUUUGGACUGCAAGUUGGACCUGAAAGCUAUUGCACUUCAAGCUCGAAAUGCAGAGUACAAUCCAAAGCGUUUUGCUGCAGUGAUCAUGAGAAUUAGAGAACCAAAAACUACAGCAUUGAUUUUCGCUUCUGGGAAAAUGGUUUGUACUGGAGCCAAAAGUGAACAACAGUCAAAGUUGGCAGCCCGGAAGUAUGCUAGAAUCAUUCAAAAGCUUGGUUUUCCAGCCAAGUUUAAGGAUUUUAAGAUCCAGAAUAUAGUUGGUUCUUGUGAUGUUAAAUUUCCCAUUCGACUUGAAGGCCUUGCAUAUGCCCACGGUGCUUUCUCAAGUUACGAGCCAGAGCUAUUUCCUGGAUUAAUAUAUCGUAUGAAACAACCAAAAAUAGUGCUGCUUAUUUUUGUUUCUGGGAAAAUUGUCAUCACAGGAGCCAAGGUUAGAGAUGAGACAUAUACUGCCUUUGAGAACAUAUACCCAGUUCUUACUGAGUUCAGGAAGAAUCAGCAAUGAGUUGGACUGUUUCAUGCCGUGGAGCAUCUGCUAUGACUAACUGCAGGGGGUGGUUCAAAUUUGGAGACUUGUUUGUUUUUUCUUAAUUGUAGAUAUUCUAUAAAUCAGGCAUUGGCUUUUGUGGAAAGUUUGUUUAAGUUACAAUUGAUAGGUUGAAACUUUAGCAAGACUGGGAUAACUGUGUUACUUCACCUGUAGCAUAUCAUAAAUUUCAAUUGAGGACCCCAAAAAAAAAAAAAAAACUGGUCAUUGGUUCUAAA